AUGUCAAAAUCUACCAAGUCACUUACAAAACUCUCGGAAGCUCUCGAAUCAAACGAGUCUUUGAGAAAGGAAGCCUUAAACUCGCUAAACUCGGUCGUGUCAUUUGAAAUCCAUGACAAAAAGACCGGAGAGACUCAAUAUUGGGUCUUGGACGCCAAGUCAGAAGGAACAUUGAAGAGGACAGACAAGGUGGCGGACGGUGCAGAGAUAAAGAUCAAGAUAGGCGAUUUGCAACUUCGCAAACUUAUAGACGGGAAGGCAAGCGCUCAGAAGUUGUUCAUGACAGGUAAGCUCAAAAUCAAGGGUAACGUCAUGAAGGCUGCCAAUGUAGAAAAGUUACUCAAGUUCGUUGGUCCAGAAAAGGCCAAGCUGUAA